UGCAAAUCCCAAUAAAGCCUGUGCAGAAAGGAAGCGGGCAAAAGCGGCCUCGCCUUCCCUCUCCCUCUCCCUUCUACACAGCACCCGGUCCUCCUCCCCUGGCGCCCGGCUCUGUCACCUUUGACUCCCCCAUUCCGGUCUCCUCCCCUCCCACCACCGGCCAAGCACACUGCACGUUCUAGUUCAGGCAGUCCAAGAACAGCUCCAAGAAAAGGCUCUUUCUUCUUCCCUCUCGCCAUUGCUCGUCUUGCGGCGUUCAGGAGACAGGAGAGGACUAGAGGAGGCACCGAUCGAUCACCAAAGCGCAAAGGCCGGCAGGCGGGUUGGGGGCGGCAUGGCGAGCUCCCUGCCCCUGUUCUUGCUGCUGCUGCUGUCCGGAGCCGGCUUCUGCGGCGGCGUACGGCUCGGCAGUGGCGGCUACGAGGACUGGAGGCUCGGCACCGCCACCUACGUCAAGGAGUUCCAGCCGCACCCGCUCAACGACGGUGGCGGCGCCUGCGGGUACGGCGACCUGGACAUCUUCAGGUACGGGCGCUACACGGCGGGGCUGAGCGCGGCGCUGUUCGGGCGCGGCGGCGCCUGCGGUGGCUGCUACGAGCUCCGGUGCGUGAACCACAUCCAGUGGUGCCUCCGGGGCAGCCCAACGGUGGUGGUGACGGCGACGGACUUCUGCCCCGCCAACAUGGGCCUCGCCGAUGAGGCCGGCGGCUGGUGCAACUUCCCCCGGGAGCACCUCGAGCUGUCGGAGGCCGCGUUCCUCCGCGUCGCCAAGGCCAAGGCAGACAUCGUGCCGGUGCAGUUCCGUAGGGUGAGCUGCGACAGGGCGGGCGGCAUGCGGUUCACGAUCACCGGCAGCGCGCACUUCCUGCAGGUGCUGAUCACCAACGUGGCGGCCGACGGCGAGGUGGCCGCCGUGAAGGUGAAGGGGUCGAGGACCGGGUGGAUCCCGAUGGGGCGGAACUGGGGCCAGAACUGGCAGUGCGACGCCGACCUCCGCGGCCAGCCGCUGUCGUUCGAGGUCACCGGCGGGAGGGGCCGGACGGUCACCGCGUACAGCGUCGCGUCGGCGGACUGGAUGUUCGCGCAGACGUUCGAGGGCAAGCAGUUCGUCGAGUAGACGCUGCCGGAAAACCAUGCGCCGGCGGCGUUUGUAAGUAGAGUUAUACGGGUGGGUUCUUGAUGUGUUGUGACCCAAGAACAUGAAAUGUAUUGGAUGGCAAAAGAAUUUCUAUGUCACUAUAAAAUCUUUUGAAGAUUUGCUUUUAAGAAAAGUGACAAUCCAAAUAUGUGCAUUAAGACA